CCCUACCAGCUUGAACCACAGCCAGGAGCCCGGGUAGCUGUAACUCCCGAGUACAUUUCUCAGAAUCAGUCUGCCAGCCAGCACCUUAGCCUCCCAGGGCUACCUUCCCUGAGGGCCUCAGGAGUGUUUUACUCCCCUCACCUUCUAGUACCUUGCACAAUUCCUGCUCUACCCUGCCCUGCAGUCUGCCAAUCCUCUGUGUUCUGCCUUUUCGGAGCUAACAAAGUCCCAGUCCCGAAAAAAACAAGCUUCCACGUUGAAGUGACUUAUGGCAAAUAUUCUUUGAAGUGAUUUUUAUACUUUUACAAUAACCCUAGAAUAAUAAACAACAUAGUGUCUUAACAAAGUGAAAUCGGAGUGGCUUCAAGGAACCAUGGUUAAACCCACGAGGGGAUGUCCAGCCUGAGGAUUCUUCAGUUUCCUCUUCUGUCCAGAGCUGCACUCUCAGUGAGGAGCCAUUGGUUGCCUGACCGGUCGCACUCCAGCCAUGCCGCCCAAACAUUGCUUUCUAGGCUUCCUCAUCUGUUUCUUUCCGACUGGGGUCGUAGAAACUCAGUCAGCCUAUGAGUCUCUGAAGCCUCAGAGAGUACAUUUCCAGUCUCGAAAUUUCCACAAUGUUUUGCACUGGCAGCCUGGGAGGGCUUGCACCAGCAACAGCAGUAUCUACUUCGUGCAAUAUAAAACGUACGGACAGAGACAAUGGAAAAAUAAAGAGAACUGUUGGGGUAUUCUAGAAUCCUUUUGCGACCUUACCAAUGAAACAUCAGAUAUACAGGAACCUUACUAUGGGCGGGUGAGGACCACCUCGGCUGGGAUCCACUCGGGCUGGACCAUGACACGGCGCUUCACUCCCUGGUGGGAAACAAGAAUAGAUCCUCCAGUCAUGAAUAUGGCCCAAGUUAAUAGAUCUUUGUUGGUGAUUCUCCAUGCUCCGGAUUUACCAUAUAGAGACCAAAAAGGAAAAAAUGUAUCAAUAGAAGAUUAUUACAAGCUAGUAUACCGAGUCUUUAUAAUUAAUAAUUCACUGGAAAAGGAGCAAAAGGUAUAUGAAGGAGCUGGCAGAGUUGUCGAAAUUGGAGCUCUGACACCUGGCUCUGCUUACUGUGCAGUGGCUGAAAUUUAUCAACCCAUGCUAGGCCGAAGAAGUCAGAGAAGUGAAGAAAGAUGUGUGGAACUUCAUUGAAGGGGUAUGGAGUGCUCCACAACAUGGCAAUCAAAAGCUUUCUGAGAGUGGGAUGACUCAUUGUUGAAGCAUCUUACUGAAAGCUGUGUUUAUAUUUCCUUGAUGCGGUGUUCACUAUUACACUUUGGGGAGCGCUUUGCUUAUCUAUUCUUUCUUCCUUUACAUUUUACUAUAAACUGAUUUAGGCAACACCACUCCAAACAUUGGAAUUAGGGGCGCCUGGGUGGCUCAGUGGGUUAAAGCCUCUGCCUUCAGCUCAGUUCAUGAUCUCAGGGUCCUGGGAUUGAGACCUGCAUCAGGUUCUCUGCUCAGUGGGGAGCCUGCUUCCUCCUCUCUCUCUGCCUGCCUCUCUGCCUACUUGGAUCUCUGUCUGUCAAAUAAAUAAAUAAAAUCUUUUAAAAAAUUGGAAUUAAAAGAGGAGAUGGGGAAUAAAGGGCUCUCUGAAAUACAGAACUUUAUUUCUCAAUGUAACAUUCUAACAACAAUCUGCAUUGCUCUAAGACAGCUAAACACUCAAGGGCCAAAGUAAGAGCAGACAUUUAUUUAACAAAAUAUUGUUGGAUUCAUUUUUUUAAGGUAACGUUAUAGACAAAAACAAAUCUGAAGCAAUCCUUUUUCAGUCUCUACUGAUACAGUUAACUUGACAUACAUAGGCCAACUUUUACAUAAAUGGAACUUUUACAUGAAUGAAUAUUUUCCCGUACAUUUCCUAUUUCAUAUGAAUAUACUUUUUCAUAUAUUUCUAUUAUAAAAUAUUUCUACUUUGUGAACUAAUAUUUUCUUUUAAACUCUAUGUAAAUAAAAACAGUA